GGGAGGCGCGAGGGGUGGGGUUUGUGGAGGAAGAUGGCGGCCUCCCGGGCCUUAUCUUUGAAAGUGGCGGCGCUGAGAGCGGUCACCCCCUGGUGGAACAGCAGGCUCCUCGCGGCCUCCGCCAGACUUCAGGCGCAUCGGGACGUGUCAUCCUCCAGCCCCAAGGCUGGCGAAGGGCAGAUUCACCUCACCGAGAGCUGUGUCCAGAGGCUUCUGGAAAUCACCCAAGGGUCAGAAUUCCUCAGGCUGGAGGUGGAGGGAGGUGGAUGCUCCGGAUUCCAAUACAAAUUUUCACUGGAUACAGUUAUCAACCCCGACGACAGGGUAUUUGAACAGGGUGGGGCAAGAGUGGUGGUUGACUCUGAUAGCUUGGCUUUCGUGAAAGGGGCCCAGGUGGACUUCAGCCAAGAACUGAUCCGAAGCUCAUUUCAAGUGUUGAACAACCCUCAAGCGCAGAAAGGCUGCUCCUGUGGGUCAUCCUUCUCUAUCAAACUUUGAUUAGAUGACAGGUGACCCAGAGAUUCCCACCACCGGUACCAAUUUGAGGAACCUGGGUUUCGUAGAAUUUUAGUGGUUUCCUUCCAAUCAUGUUCUUCUCUUAAUUUUAUUUCCCACGAUCCAGGGGUAUUUCUCUUAUUUUCAGAAUGUGAAACUUUUACUCUUGACUUCAUUUCUCCUGCACAAUUUUAAGGCCGAGGCUCUAGUGGCUAUUACCUAAGAUUUAAUACCUAGCUGAAACCCAGUAUAAUCUGUAGAGCCCCCAAGGUUCCAAAAUUUGAGUUACUUUUCUGGCCUUCAGAGUGGCUUGUAUAGCUAUGUAUAAAAGCUUCAUUUUAAAGAAAGUCCUUAUUAGCUUGUGUUUUGGGUCAGAGUCUCAGAUUAGGUAUCUUGAACAUUUAUCACUAGGCCAGAGGGGAUGAGAAAGGCAAACGAAAUGUUCUCAUUUUCAUUUCACCCCUCCUGAAUGUGCUGGUUGACUUAUCCUUAUUGUCUCUGCAGCUCAUGCUCCACUAACCAUUUGUUAGGGCAGAUACAUUUUCUUCUUAUACUCAGGAAUCCACUAAAACCAAAAAACCCCCAAACAGGCUUAACCCUGACUGAUACCUGAGUCACUUGAAAAAUAGCCUCCAUACUUCCACAGACAUGUCAAGAUUCUGUGAUCACUUUGUUACCGAAUCUUUUAAGGAGAUGUUGCUUUACUUAACGUAUGGUGCGAAACAUCUCUGGUCUCAUACAGAGCAGGAACUUACCUCUUAGUUGGACUAGAUAAUAGAUGCGUAGGGGUUUUCUUUUAGGUUGGAUAACCAGAUAAAAUGCAGGAUGCCCAGUUAAAUUUGAAUUUCAGGUGAACAACAGGUUAUUUUUAGUAUAAUUGUGUCCCAAACAUUGUAUGAUACAUACUUACAAAAAUUAUUUGUUGUUUAUCUGAAAUUCAAAUUUAACUGGGCACCCUGUAUUUUUAUUUGUUUAAACCUGGCAACUUUAGGGUCACUGAAGGAAAAGCGUUCUAAACCACAAAUCCCAGUGAUUUUUAAAGCACUUGCUUGGGUUUGGCAUUGAAAUAGGUUAUAGAGUUAGAAAGAGUUGUGUGUGUGUGUGUGUGUGUGGCCGCUGGGGGAGCCGGAACUGCAUGGGCAUACAGACAGCUGGAAGGCAAGCAUGCCACCACCCCGAUGAAUGAUAUGCGAACACUGGUGUUGGGGAAACCACAUCAGAUCGAUUCUGGAAGAAUUAUCAGUUAAAUCCAUGUUUUCCUCGCAAGCCUAAAAGUUCGUUACAGCAAAAACUGGCAUUUCUGGACUGGAUGGAAACCCUUCUAGACUAGAUUAUAAUGAAGUCAUUAGAUAAAAUAAUUUACCAUUAAAAGUGGAAAUUAGGAAUUUAGGGAGAAAGAAUCUAAGAGAGACACACAGAUGCUUACAUUUUUAACAUGGGAAGAUCUAGAACUUAGAGAAAUCAAACCUAUCUUGUGUGUGCAACGUGUACAAAGAGGAAAGGAGGGGACGCUCAGAAACCUGAGCAGAUUUCUUAGCAGAUUUCCAUGGAUGGAGGCAGGAACCAGUGUACCGUGAAAGCAUCGGUGUGUAACUUCACUGAGACAUUGAAAAUUGUUGCCAGUAACUGGGCCUAAGACGAUUUUCAGCUCACGUUACGUCCUUUCAUCCUCCUCAAAAAGACAUUUUGCUACAUUUUAAGUAUUAGAAAUAUUCUUCCAGAAUAUUUUUGUGGGUUAUUUAUUGAUACGGGAAUUUAAAAACUCACAGUGGGCAGAAGCAUAAUAGCGCUAGUAGCUGAAUAAGCCAUUGAAUUAUAGUCAUGAAUUAGGCAGGAACAGGCUCCCUUGGAAUGCCUACGUGUAAUUAUUAAUGGGAAAAAUGGAAUUUUGUGUUUGGAAAGGGUAGGUUUGGGAGAAAUCACCUUAUUUCACACAGAAAGCUUUAUGGGAGAACCUGAAGUAACAAGAACUCAUCUGCUGCCCUGGCUGGACAGCUCUGCUGGUUAGAACAUUAUCCCAGUACACCAGGGUUGCGGGUUUGAUCCCCAGUCAGGACACACACAAGAAUCAACCAAUGAAUGCGUGAGUAAGUGGAACAACAAAUCGAUGUUUCUCUUUCCCUUUCUCUUUCUCAAGUCAGUUUUUUUUUAAAAAGUCUCUUCUGUAGGUGGGUGAUACAGAAAUUUUAGGAACAAAUGAUGCCAUCAAGGUGACAGUAGGCAAUUUCCUUGGAAUAAACAGUAAGUGACAUACAACAGGUUUAGGAUCUUUCACAGGCACUUCCUGACCAGACGCCUUCUUCCUGGCAGGCCAUAAAAGCAGACAUCUUCACAAACGUUGCUCACUGAGCAAAUUCACUUAGGAAAACUUUAUAGUCUUCCAGUAUCAAUUGGAAGGGGUGUGUGUGUGUGUGUGUGUGUGUGUGUGUGUUUUGCUUUUAAGGGGAGGUUAUCAAGGCCCUGUUUGUUGCAGAAUUGAUUUUAUUUAACUGUAUAUGCAAACUACCUGGGGCAGCAUGCGCCAACCAUGUCCCCUCCACUGCCACAGCCAUCCACCACCUUUUGCUUUAGCAAAACGUGCAGGAACCAAAGGUAGGGGAGCCCUGGAUCUACUUUAUAUUGCGAAUAGCUUUGUGUUGUUGGCUCCGAAGAGGUAGCUUCUUGGUCUACAUUCAGAUCUUACCUUGUGAAAUAACGCUUUAGUUACGUGCUUGGUAGUGACUAGUGGAAUGUGAACUCUAGGGGUCCCACCCACCCUUAGUUUCUUUGCAUGGUAUGUAAGUUAUAGGUGUCCAACCCACCCUUCCCGUCUUUCGUGAUUAGGGGAAAACAGGCUCAGAGUUAAGAUUAGGAAGGACUACUAAAGUAGGUGUCCAAAAAGAUACUCUUUUUUUUCUCUUUGCUCUGAGAAUUGAGCCCUACUUUUUUGACCGUUUGUUAGAAAGCACCCAAGCAGAGGGUCGCCGUUCAGCAGGAACAUCCUGUAGAAGAGAGGGGGCAGCACUGAUGGUCACGGCGCAGCUCUCCUUUAAACCUUGGCCCCAUCCACUGCAGCAUUACUGUGGUUUUGUAUGUUUGUCUCAAAGGCAGGAAAUGACUUUUCUGGGGGUCUAGGCUUGAUGUUUAUGAUUGCUUUUUAAAAAUAUCCUCACCAAGAAGAUAGGUGUUACUGAUUUUAGAGAGAGAAACAAACAUCGGUCAGUUGCUUUCUGUAUGCACCCCGACCUGGGAUCAAGCCUGCAGCCUUUUGGUGUACGGGACUACGUGCUGACCGACCGACUGAGCCAGAUUUCUUUUCAAACAUCCCUGCCUGCCAUUUUCCCAUAGGACUGCUUAAGGGAAGUUUGCUUUGAGAAGUUUUGAAGGAAUGGUCAUCUGGUUUUAAUUGAAAAUAUAGUCAGGUACAUAUAUAAAGAGAAGGAAGGAACAUUUAAGUAGUCUAUAGCCAGCAGGUGUAUUUAAAAAUAUUUUAUUUUUUUAAUAGAUCAUACAUACGAUACACAAUUCCAAGAGGCACGAGAGGGGAUACAGUGAAAAAGGGUCCAAAUCCUGUAUCCAUCCACCCUGUCACCCUCCCCACAAAUCACCAUUGUUUCUAAGAAUUUAGCCUACAGGCAUAAUCCCAUAGAUACAACAUGAAAUAACAUUUGCACAAGAAUAUUGAUUAUAGCAUUACUUUUAAUAGUAAAAAAUAGGAAACAAUGGAAAUGUCCACCAGUAGGGAACUGAUUAAAUAAAUUACGAUUUACCCAUCCAAUGGAAGAGUACACAUUUAUAAAAUAGAAUAAGCUCUUAUGUGCAAGUAUGAAGCAAAAAAAAGCAAGGGUAGAACAGCAUGCAUAGUAUGCUGUUUGUAAUGCAUGGAAAUACAUGUAUGUGCAUGAAGUAUCUCUGCAAGAGCAGACAAGGCGAGGGUGAGGAGGAGGGCAAUGGAGCAGCAUGUAAUAAAGCCCAGAGUCGGUGCUGGCCGGGUGGUUCAGUGGGUUAGAGCGCCAUCCGGUUGCGGGUUAGAUCCCAGGUCAGGGCACAUACAAGAAGUAACCGAUGAAUGCAUAAAUAAGUGGAACAACAAAUUGAUGUUUCUCUCUCCCUCUCUCUAAAGCCAAUUGAAAAAUGGGAAGAACGUGCGGUGCUAACAGGGCCUGUUGAGGAACAGGAGGACGUCCUCUGAAAUGAUGGGGGGUGAGGUGGAGUUGGUGGGUGUCCGAUUCUCCCCCCCCCCUUUCUUUGGACGAGUGGCAGCACGUGUCUCACUGCGUUGUGCAGCCCUCCUUCCCCUCCAUCCGUGUGGAAGGCAUCGAGAGCCACUUUUUAUUUUUCUGUUUAGGGCUCCAUAGCAAUUAAUUGUAAUGUUUUGCUAUUACAAAUAAUGCUAUAAUAAAUAACCUCUUACAUAUGUCAUUUCACAUUUGGGGAGAAUAUAGCUGAAGAUUAAAUCCCUAGAAGUAUAGUUACUGAUUUGAAGAGUAAGUGAUUUUGAAAGACAUUUUCAUACCCUCUUCAGAAGACCUCUGUCGACUAUAUUUGUGAGUGCCUCUUUCUACAGAUGCUUGCCAGCCGACAAUUAAAGUGUCUCAGUGUGGUUUAACGUGCAUUUCUUUUAUUUUGAAGGUCAGAAUAUUUUCAUAUGUUUAAGAACUGUAUAUUUUUGUCUGCUGAAAACAUUUCAACUAGUACAGUGACCUAGAACAAAUUAUUGAAGCUUCGUGUGUUUCCGUUUCUCAUCUCUAAGUUGGAAUAAAAAUGAUACAUGGGA